CAAAAUUUUCAAUCAGAAGUUGAUUUCAAGAUCUGAGAAAAAAAAACCCUAAAAGAAUCCCCCCAAAAAAUGGCUCGAACGAAGCAAACAGCAAGAAAAUCGACCGGUGGUAAGGCACCGAGGAAGCAAUUAGCCACAAAGGCGGCCAGAAAAUCAGCUCCGGCCACCGGAGGAGUCAAGAAACCCCAUCGCUUCCGCCCUGGGACGGUGGCUCUCCGAGAAAUCCGCAAGUACCAGAAGAGCACCGAGCUUCUGAUCCGAAAGCUUCCGUUCCAGAGGCUGGUGAGGGAAAUCGCUCAGGAUUUCAAGACGGAUCUGAGGUUCCAGAGCAGCGCGGUGGCUGCCCUCCAGGAGGCGGCGGAGGCUUACCUGGUGGGUCUCUUUGAGGAUACCAAUUUGUGCGCUAUUCAUGCGAAAAGGGUUACUAUUAUGCCCAAGGAUAUGCAGCUUGCCAGGAGGAUUAGAGGAGAAAGGGCUUAAACUUUUUUUGGUUUGUUAGUAAUGGUUUUUUGUUGGGAAUGUAAUGAUGUGAAGAACUUCGUUCAAUUCACAUAUGAAUGAAAUUUCCCAUCUAAUUGCUAAUCAAUUUGGUGAAUCAUAAUUGGUCUGUGAAUUUUGUUUCGUGUUCUUCUGGGUUGCCUUUAAUGUUUGAACUUGCGGUAAAUUCUUGAAUGUCAUUUUUGUUCUUGGAGUAAAGCAUCUUUUGUGGUUUCAUCCAUAGUCUUGCUCUGGCCAUUUUCAUUAAUAACUGCAUCAGUGAGUUUUGGUCAUUAAAACUAUA